AUGAUGUUCGUGUGUUCGUGUGUCUGUUCUCGCGAGGCACUGUUCCCUGUGGUCUUCAUCAUCCUGCAGCUCACUUCCAUGAUGGAGCUGGAGCUGACAAAGGUCUUAGGCCAGUGUGCAGACAAGCACCACGAUGCUGCUCAUGAGAUUAUUGAGACUAUCCGGUGGGUCUGUGAGGAAAUCCCAGAUCUCAAGCUGGCCAUGGAGAACUACGUUCUGAUCGACUAUGACACCAAAAGUUUUGAAAGCAUGCAGAGGCUGUGUGACAAGUACAACCGAGCCAUCGACAGCAUCCACCAGCUGUGGAAGGGCACCACACAGCCCAUGAAGCUAAAUACUCGACCUUCCAAUGGGCUCCUGCGGCACAUCCUGCAGCAGGUGUACAACCACUCUGUGACUGACCCUGAGAAGCUCAACAACUACGAGCCCUUUUCCCCUGAGGUGUAUGGGGAGACCUCCUUUGACCUGGUCGCCCAGAUGAUCGACGAGAUCAAGAUGACCGAGGAUGACCUGUUUGUAGACCUGGGCAGUGGUGUGGGGCAGGUUGUCCUUCAGGUUGCUGCGGCCACCAACUGCAAACAUCACUACGGAGUGGAGAAAGCGGACAUCCCAGCCAAGUACGCGGAGACCAUGGACCGAGAGUUCAGGAAGUGGAUGAAAUGGUAUGGAAAAAAGCAUGCAGAAUACACACUGGAACGAGGUGACUUCCUCUCAGAGGAGUGGAGGGAACGGAUCGCCAACACGAGUGUUAUAUUUGUGAAUAACUUUGCCUUUGGUCCUGAGGUGGAUCACCAGCUGAAGGAGCGAUUCGCAAACAUGAAGGAAGGCGGCAGAAUCGUCUCUUCAAAGCCCUUUGCCCCUCUCAACUUCAGGAUCAACAGCAGGAACUUGAGUGACAUCGGCACCAUUAUGCGUGUGGUGGAGCUGUCACCCCUGAAGGGCUCCGUGUCAUGGACUGGGAAGCCCGUCUCCUACUACCUGCACACUAUUGACCGCACCAUACUUGAAAAUUAUUUUUCUAGUCUGAAAAAUCCAAAACUCAGGGAGGAGCAGGAAGCAGCUCGGCGCCGGCAGCAGCGCGAGAACAAGAGUAAUGCAACCACCCCCACCAAGGUCCCAGAGAGCAAGGCAGCUUCCACAGAGGCCCCCGCGGACUCUGGUGCUGAGGAAGAAAAGUCAGGUGUGGCCACUGUUAAAAAGCCAUCUCCCUCCAAAGCCCGGAAGAAGAAACUGAACAAGAAAGGGAGGAAAAUGGCUGGCCGGAAACGUGGACGGCCCAAGAAAAUGAGUGCUGCAAACGCUGAGCGCAAGUCCAAGAAGAGCCAAAGUGCAUUGGACCUCCUGCACUCCUCUCCCCCAGCCCCGCCCUCAGCCUCACCCCAGGAUGCGUACAGGGCACCUCAUAGCCCGUUCUACCAGCUACCUCCGAGCACGCAGCUCCACUCCCCCAAUCCGUUGCUGGUGGCACCCACCCCGCCUGCAUUACAGAAACUUUUAGAAUCCUUCAAGAUCCAGUACCUGCAGUUCCUGGCUUACACGAAGACCCCACAGUACAAGGCCAACCUGCAGCAGCUUCUGGACCAGGAGAAGGAGAAGAACACACAGCUGCUGGACACCGCACAGCAGCUCUUCGGCUAUUGCCAAGCCCAAAAGGAGGAGAUCCACAGACUGUUCCAGCAGAAACUGGACGAGUUGGGCGUGAAGGCGCUGACCUACAAUGACCUGAUUCAGGCCCAGAAGGAGAUCUCUGCCCACAACCAGCAGCUGCGGGAGCAGUCGGAGCAGCUCGAGAAGGACAACAGUGAGCUGCGGAGCCAGAGCCUUCAACUGCUCAGAGCCCGGUGUGAAGAGCUGAGGCUGGACUGGUCCACACUGUCUCUGGAGAACCUGCGGAAAGAGAAACAGGCCCUGCGGAGCCAGAUCUCAGAGAAGCAGCGACACUGCCUGGAGCUGCAGAUCAGCAUUGUGGAGCUGGAGAAGAGUCAGCGACAGCAGGAGCUCCUGCAGUUGAAGUCCUGUGUGCCAUCAGAUGACGCUCUGUCCCUGCAUUUGCGUGGCAAGGGUGCCCUGGGCCGUGAGUUGGAGACCGAUGCUGGACGGUUGCGACUUGAGCUGGACUGUGCCAAGAUCUCCCUGCCGCACCUCAGCAGCAUGAGCCCCGAGCUCUCCAUGAACGGCCAUGCCGCCGGCUUCGAGCUCUGCAGCACAGCUAGUCGGCCCUCGUCCAAGCAGAACACCCCCCAGUACCUGGCCUCCCCCUUGGAUCAGGAGGUCGUACCCUGCACCCCCAGCCACAGUGGCAGGCCUCGGCUAGAAAAGUUGUCUGGAGUAACUUUGCCAGACUACACCCGGUUGUCACCUGCCAAGAUUGUGUUGAGGCGGCACCUGAGCCAGGACCACACUGGGGUUAGCAAACCAGCUGCCAGUGAGCUGCACCCUCGGGCAGAGCAUGCCAAGGAGAACACCCUUCCCUACCAGAGCCCUAGCUUGUCCAACAGCAUGAAGCUCAGUCCCCAGGAUCCACUGCCUGCCUCUCCCGCAACCUCGCCGCUCACCUCAGAGAAGGGCAGUGAAAAGGGUGUGAAGGAGCGUGCCUACAGCAGCCAUGGGGAGACUAUCACCAGCCUGCCUGUCAGCAUUCCACUCAGCACAGUGCAGCCCAACAAGCUGCCCGUCAGCAUCCCACUGGCCAGUGUGGUGCUGCCCAGCCGUGCCGAGAGGGCGAGGAGCACUCCCAGCCCUGGGCCACAGCCCCGAGACUCCUCAGCCACACUUGAAAAGCAGAUCGGUGCUUCCGCCCAUGGUGCAGGGGGCAGUGCAGCAGGGAGCAGGAGCCUCACACUGGCACCCACAGGCUUCUACACUGGUUCGGUGGCCAUCAGUGGAGCCCUGGCCAGCAGCCCAGCACCUGUGGCCUCUGGAAUGGAAACUGCUGUUUUUGAUGAGUCCUCUGGCCCUGGCAGCCUCUUUGCCACCAUGGGCUCUCGCAGCACACCACCACAGCACCCGCCUCUGCUACCGCAGCCCCGCAACUCUGGCCCUGCUUCUCCUGCCCACCAACUCUCGACCAGUCCCCGACUGAGUGUGACCGCCCAAGGUCCACUGCCGGAUACCAGCAAGGGGGAGCUGCCUUCUGACCCUGCCGUCUCAGACCCAGAGAAUGAAGCUAAGAGGAGGAUUGUUUUCAGCAUUGCAGCCAGUUCCAGCUCUAAGCAAUCACCUUCUACCAGACACAGCCCCUUGACCUCUGGCACCCGUGGGGACUCUGUACAGAGCCAUGGGCAGGACAGUCGUAAACGCAGCAGAAGGAAGCGAGCAUCAGCUGGAACCCUCAGCCUUAGCACGGGUGUGUCCCCCAAGCGCCGAGCUCUGCCAACUGUCGCUGGCCUCUUCACACAGUCAUCGGGGUCUCCUCUCAACCUGAACUCCAUGGUCAGCAACAUCAAUCAGCCCCUGGAGAUCACAGCCAUCUCAUCCCCUGAGAGUUCCCUGAAAAGUUCCCCCACCCCCUACCAGGACCACGAUCAGCCCCCGGUGCUCAGGAAGGAGCGGCCCCUGGGCCCAACCAAUGGGGCCCAUUACUCACCACUGACCUCAGACGAGGAACCAGGCUCUGAGGAUGAGCCCAGCAGUACCCGAAUUGAAAGAAAAAUUGCAACAAUCUCCUUAGAAAGCAAAUCUCCUCCGAAGACGCUGGAAAAUGGUGGUGGCUUGGUGGGAAGGAAGCCUGCACCCUCAAGUGAGCCUGUGAACAGCAGCAAAUGGAAGUCCACUUUCUCACCUAUCUCCGACCUCAGCUUGGCCAAGGCCGUGGACAGUCCAUUGCAGGCUGGCUCUGCACUGAGCCACAGCCCCCUGUUCUCUUUCCGGCCGGUUCUGGAGGAGCCUGCAACUGAGGCCAAGCUCCCUACCCACCCAAGGAAAAGCUUUGCCGGCUCUCUGACUGCAGCCGAGGGCCCGAGCCCUGGCGCCAAUCCUCCCAACGGCCUGGCCUUCAAUGGGGGCCUCGCUGCAGACCUCGGUUUACACAGCUUCAACGACGGUGCUUCCCUCUCCCACAAGGGCCCUGAGGUGGCCAGCCUGAGCUUCCCAUCACAGCGGGGCAAGGAUAGUACCACAGAGACUAAUCCCUUCCUUAGCAGGCGGCAACCAGAGGGCCUGGGUGGCCUGAAGGGCGAGGGCAACGCAGGCAAGGAGUCAGGCGAGGCCCUGCCCCUGUGUGGGUCUGCGGACAAAGUUGCACUGCCUCAUGGCAGCAGGGCAGGCAAGGGCCGUGACCGUGAGCUGGACUUCAAGGGUGGCCACAACCUCUUCAUCUCUGCUGCAGCCGUGCCUCCAGGUGGCCUCCUCGGUGGUCCUGGUCUAGUAACUGUGGCUUCCUCUGCAGGCAGUACGACACCUGCUGCCCAGGCUGCCCGGCCCUUUCUCAGCACCUUCACCCCUGGGCCCCAGUUCACUCUGGGCCCCAUGUCCCUACAGGCCAACCUGGGCUCUGUGGCCGGCUCCUCUGUGCUGCAGUCCUUGUUCAGCACUGUGCCCGCCGCUGCAGGCUUGGUGCAUGUGUCAUCCGCUGCGCCCCGACUGACCAACUCGCACACCAUGGGCAGCUUCUCCUCCGGGGUGACCGGUGGAACCGUUGGAGGUGUCUUUACCCAUGCGGUGCCUUCUGCCUCUGCUCACCCGUUUGGAGCUGGUGUCAGUAGCGGGGCUGUGUGUAGCAGUGCCACGCUGGGCCUGAGCCCGCUGCAGGCGGCGGCCAGCACCUCGGCUUCUUCCUUUCAGGCCGCGGCUUCGGUCGAGACUCGGCCGCCCCCUCCACCUCCCCUACUUCCUCCUCAGCACCUGGGCCGGCCCCCUGCGGGGCCACCUGUCCUCCAUGCACCCCCUCCUCCUAACGUCACCUUGCCUCCUCCACCUGCGCUGCUGGCUUCUAACUCGGAGCCAGUGCUUCUGCAGAGCCUGGCCUCCCUCCCGGCUAACAAAGCUUUCUUACCCCCCUCCUCUGCCGCUUCUCUGCAGCCUGCUAAUGCCUCUCUGUCUGUCAAGCUCGCUUCCCUUCCACACAAGGUCUCCCGCCCCUCCUUCACGGUGCACCACCAGCCCCUGCCCCGGCUGGCCCUGGCGCAGGCUGCGCCCGCCGCCCCACAGGCCAACUCCUCGGGGCCAUCUGCUGUGUGGGUUUCCCUUGGCAUGCCGCCUCCUUAUGCUGCGCACCUUUCGGGGGUUAAGCCUCGAUAAAGACCUUGCUUAGCUAGCAGUUCAUGUUCUGUAAGGUAAGGCUAGAGCCAAACCACCCCUCCUCUUGCCCAGAAGACGGCUGGCAGGGCUUGCCAGAUGCCUGGGGUCCUGAGUCGUGGAGAUGGGGGAGGGGGACUAAGGGAAGCAGGGCCAACAUUGUGCAGAACUACCUGGUCCUCAUCCAGCCGCUGAGAGGACAGCUGAGGUGAUGGGACUCGAAUGUGGCUCACAAAAGCCAAGGUAGCCCCAACCUACUGUAAGACUCCUGGCCCAUAGCAGUCCUUGAUUUUGGGGUCACAUUUUUAGCUCUGAACUAAGGCAUCUGUCACCAGCCUGCCUGUGCAAAGGAAACAAGGGGUAGUCAGUGGGUAAGGUUGCAGACUUACUUUGUCCACGGGCAGAAAGCUGCCUGGGGUGGUAGCAUGGGCAUUCUUGAGCAGAGUUGGGAUUUAAGGUUCAGGGAGCUGUCCGCCUCUCCUUGAACAGCGGCUGUCAAACCCUGACCUGCUAUCAUCAUGGCGGUAGGGUAUGGCCAUGUGGUAGCCGUAGCCUGAGUGCAGGACAGCCUGACAGCUGCACCUGGAGGUCCUAGGGCCAGAGCUCUCCAGCUAGCCUGCGCGUCCUGUGGGGCAGCUCGGCCACAGAGGACAUGUUGAACGCACCUAACCCAUGCUCCUCCUCCCUGCAGGUAAUUAGGACUUCUACCUCAGCCACGACCUAUGCAAGGAUGGUGUGGACCAAGCCUGCUGCCUGCCAGGCCGGCGGAGCCGGACGUGGAGCCACUGUGAAUUGGCGGCACCGCAGGAGGUGCUGGACUGGUCCAGUUUGUACUGUCAAUAGUUUUAGAUAAAAUAUUUAUCUUUUUUUUUUUUAAAGUAUAAGCAAUUUUGACUUAUUUUAUUCCAUCAAAGUCGUCCAAGGCAACCUCUUGGGACGCCUAAGUGUCUGUGAGAGAGAAUCAUAUAAAGACUUGGCCUGCCGGGCUGGCCACCAGGAGGACUCUAGACUCCGUCCCGGUGCUAUCUCACCACCGAGCCCAUGCCCACCCAUCUCCAACUUUGUCCCGGGUGCUGCCCCAGAUGUGGACCAUGGCCAAACAGUUCUCAGACGCACCCUUACUGCUUGUCCUGAUACCAAAGGCACGCCAGGCAUGCACGAUGGGGGCUGACUUCUGUUCCCUCCUCGGAACUCGCCCGCUGUCACUGUGAACACCCUGCUGUUAACCCUGUGGCUUUAGGCGUGUCUUUGCUGUGGGUGCAGACUGGGCUGGGGCAGGACUGGGUGCCUGGCUGGGCUGAGUGGUGCUGACAGGUGUGGGCCACUACUGCAGUGCUCAGUGGCUCCUGUGACAAGUGCAUUUACUUUGUAUUUCUUUGCUUUUCUGGCUCGGGGCAUGCUGGCCAGGUGACAUGGGGCUGGCCCACUGUGGGUCCCCUGGCAUCUGUGUAUAAGAGAGUCACAUGAUGAGUGACAGUAUUUUAUAGAGAUGUGAUGGAGAUUUAUAAAUUUCAUAGACUUGACUGCAUUUAUUUUUAGAUUGUAUAAUGCACAGUGAACUUUAACGGAAAGAAAAGUGAGGAGGAAAAAUACAUUUAUUUAUUCAAAUGCACAAAAAAAAAUGGCGCUGGUCAGGGGCCCUGCAGGAGUGUGGCCCAGAUGUGCUGGGCCACCCAGGGUCUCUGGUCACUGUGGGCACCACCUGCCUAUGUCCAAGAGUUGCUUCCUGGUCCUGGGGACAGGUGCACUGGGUGUGGCUGCAAAGGGGCCAGGGCUGACUUAGCUUGCUGAGGCGGUCUUGACUGCCCUCAAUGCUGCUCACUUCAGGUUAGGGGUAGGUGGUCUAAGCUGGGAGGCCAUGCUGACCUCCUCAGCCUUUACCUGCUUCCCUUGGCAGUUGUGAAGAUGGUGCUGGUGUCCCUUCCCCCCUCCCCCCCCCCCCCCCCCCCCCCCCCCCCCCCGUGAUGGUGCUCAUGCUCGCCAGGCCUGUUCUUGCACACCACAGCUAGCUACGGUGCUGCAGGGCAGGGCGGCCAUAAAGUUAGCAAGUCCCAGGCCUGGAACGAGACACUGAGUGAACACUGUACACACCACCUGCCACCUUGGCAGCUGCUGCUCCAGUGGUCGCUGCCCCACCUUACUUGAGUGUUAGGGGACAGACACUGCAUGUUCGUGGCCCGCAUGGCCCAGUGGGCCACAGGUGCUCCAGGCGGGCACAGUUGUGAGUCCUCUCCUGAGCCCACAAGAAAGGGGAACCCGUAGUAAACUGAACAUGGUGCACGGUGGCCCUGGGUUCCUUGGCUGAUGGUCCUAGCAUGGGGCUAGGCUGCCUCAGUGGUCCCCGGUAUUCCAGCCCAAGGGUGCUGCAGGGCUUGAGCUCAGGAACUGAUAGGAAGCCCUACGGACUGGGACCUACUCCCACGCUAGCCCACACAGGGACUCUACCAGACACACCUCUCGGUUCCCACCCUCAACCUACACAGCUUUUUUGGCAGCCUGGCCUGUUUGUAACUUGAUGCAGCUUCGCUCUGUCUUGUAAUGACCUCUGUACUUAACGGGUGCACUGUUCUCUCCCUUGGUUCCCAAGGCAUCUCACACAUUGUUGCCGCCUCUAGACACAGUAAUAAAAAGCUGUUUUCACUUGA